GUUCAAGUUAAAAGUCUCAACUUCUCCCGUGCACGGGGAAUGAUUUUUGUGCGAUUCGUUGGUACUCCAUGAUUGUUUGGAAGAUGGCUGCGAGCCUGGAGGCUGCGCUCUGUGUUGGAAGCGUCGUUGCCUGGUUACGGCCGCUGCCUGGUAACCCGGGAGAGUCCGCGCGGGGCCCAAACAUUGACGAGGAGGUUCCAGCAGCUGCUGUAGAAAUCGCAGCGAGAUGUAGCCAGGGGUAUGAUCUAAACUACGACAACCAGGAACAGAAUGGCGGAGGCACACCUAUUCAGUAAGAAAAGUAGUGGAUGGCCUGCUCAACUACGAGAGAUGAACAAAGGUUCGUGUCAUCUUGGUUCCUCUGCAUGCCGUAAAUGUGACUGGGGGAAAGAUGCAUUACCGUUUGUCUGCAAAGUGAUUCGUCAUGUCCGUGAAUUAGAAACAAAGACUGAAGCAUGGUUCAGACAGCUUCCAGCACCUGUACGAUCAGAAUCCCAAGAAACAAGUCUAUCUUCAGAAAGUGCAAAUGGGAAUGGUGAGAGAUAUGUAACCUCUGAUACAGAUGUAUCAGAUCAAAAAUUUUCCAGUGAACUUUGUGUUCAAGGUGUUGGACUUGAUCAAAAAGAUGAACAAACCACGGAUUUGCAAAAAGAAGUAAGGGCUGUGCUCUCGGAGAUCAUUGGCUUGAUGGAGGAACUUAAAACUGAAUGCGAAAAGGCAAAUGAUGCUUUAAAAGCAGAAAGAGAACGGGUAACAAUGCUUGGGAAUAAGAUUGAUCAACUUUCACUCUGGUGGCUGCAUGAAUUUCCUGAAGCUGUACAGAAAGAUAUUCCAGCUGAAGCUGACACAAAGGACUUGGAAAUGAGCCAUCUGCUUCCAGUCAGCUUUGGACAAAGGAAAACAUCAGGACUCAUUGUGCUAAUAUCUUUUACAGUUACCAAGUCACCUUGCAUUGAAAUUCUAAUGGAGGGCAUUGAGCAGUAUGACAUGUUGCUGCAUGGCUAUUUUAAGGUUCCACCUACUGCAUGUGCCAGUAACUGCAGCAAAUGCACGGCAAUUUCCUUGGUGUAUAUGCGAUGUCUUCUCAUGAGGGAAAGCCAGCAACUGAAGAUCCUCUCCCCAAGGAGUGGAGGCGAUGCCCUGGAUGCAGACAAAGUGACAAUCAAACCUCUGAGGAUACAGUUUGAGACAGUGACCUGGAGCUACGUCCAAGAGAACACUAUAGACCUCAGCACCGUCAAGCUUGAGAGGCCAGCCAGAACAUUGUUGAAAGCUGCUUUCUGGAAGAAUAAGCAAGAGUUUAGUUUUUCUUUCAUUUGA